GGCUUGAAUGUGCAAGCAGGGGGGCACUGGAGGGGAUCACUUCCAUGGACCAUCUGUCUCCCUCGGCUCAACAAAGGAGGACGCAGGAUGGUGUUAGUCCAUGUCGGAUAUCUGGUUCUCCCCGUCUUCGGCUCGGUUAGAAAUAGAGGAGCACACUUUACCAGGCACCAACACAGCCAUGCUACCUCCUGCCGACACUUUCAUCUGGGCGCCCCGCAGGCGCCCAUCUCGGCCGAGUUCCCUUUAGGGCACACCAGCCAGCCCCCUCAGACGGGCCUGGCCACCCACCUUCCACCCGCACACCAUCCGCCCCUCACUGCCCUGCCCACGGCCCCUCAGUUCCAGGACGUGUCGGGGCCUCCGUUCCUACCUCAGGCCUUACACCAGCAAUACCUCAUCCAGCAGCAGCUUCUGGAAGCGCAGCACCGCCGUAUUCUACCCCACUCCAGAAGAUCCCAGGAGCGUAUCCCCCUGAACCCUCACCGACUGCGGUCUGUCUACGAGUACUCCCCUCCACUCCAUGUCCCCCAGCCAAUGGCACAGCAGCCGAGGUACCUUGCCGAAGGCACAGACUGGGAUCUCAGCGUAGACGCCGGCCCCCUCCCUCACCACCAGUACCACCUACAGCAACUUCCGCAGCACUAUCAGCACUACCUGGCCUCCCCCCGAAUGCACCACUUCGCCAGGAACACGUCGUCUGCCCAAGUGGUUGUGCAUGAAAUCCGAAACUACCCGUACCCUCAGCUGCACUUGUUGGCGCUGCAAAGUCUGAACCCCUCCAGGCACGCUACUGCGGUGCGGGAAAGCUACGAGGAGCUGCUUCAGUUGGAGGACCGUUUAGGGAGUGUCAGCCGAGGCGCUGUUCAAACCACCAUCGAGAGGUUCACCUUCCCACACAAAUACAAAAAGAGGAAGCCCCUGCAGUUAAAGAUUGGGGAGGAGGAGACGGACGUGGACGAGAAGUGUACCAUCUGUUUAUCCAUGCUGGAGGAUGGGGAGGACGUCAGGAGGUUACCCUGCAUGCACCUCUUCCACCAAGGCUGCGUGGACCAAUGGCUGGCAACCAGCAGGAAGUGUCCAAUCUGUCGAGUUGACAUCGAGACACAGCUGAACGCCGACAGCUGAUGAGAUUUCAACCCCCUUCCACUUGUUGGUAGUGGUUCCUGCUUUCUUCCAUCCACAAACACCCCUGCCCCCUCGCCCGCCACAUCCCUCCCCUUUCUCACCCGCCAUUGGGUGCUUUUGCCAAAAUGUCUCCAGACUUUGACGUGACAUCAUCGCUUUACUGAGCCAAACCAGGAAGCAGAAGCGCACGAGGACUCUUCUCGAUCUCUGUCAAACACAAGCACAUCUCUCUGCGAGCGAGACACACAAACAGUGGCGUACACACAGGGUUUUUGUUGUAGCUUGCUGGUUCUAUAAGUGGUUACCGUGCUGCUGCUGCUGCUGGUGUUGUUGUACUGUAGGCGCCUUCGGGCUGUGUAGCAUGUCCUGAAAGCCAUGACUUAAAUGUCCCGAGCACUCAAUACCCUGCAGCGAGCUGGCGACUGUCUCCCUCUCUCUUUCUCUCUCUCGAUAUAUGACUAUAUAUAUUCUAUCUUCCUUCUUCCACACAAGGAAGCGCAACAGAAAAUGCCGUGUUUACCUUUAUAUGAUCGUAGAGUAGCAGCAACCAAUGCGUGAUUUGUGGCGCACUGAUGCCUCCUUUGAGGCCCCGAGUGCCAUCCGUUUGAGUGUUUUUUAACAAUUCUAUCGUGCAGCUUUGACGUUGUGCAAUACGCUCAAGUAAAGUUUGAGGCACCGAGCCACAAGAGAAUUCAAGGGAAAGCUGGAAACUUUCCAUGGGAAUUAAGAGGAAGAAAUGGGAACAAUUCAAUUAAGUAAAGUGGAUUUAUAAAGUGCCAAUUCACAACAAAGGCAUUUUGAGUAUGGAGCAGAACAAGGGAGAGAAAAUAUAUUUCAAAUAAAGAGAAAAACAUUUAAUGCCAAUUUAGGCAGGGGGGAAUUAUUUCAUUCAUUUUAUUUUAUGGUAUUUAUUUUGGUAUUUAUUUUGUUGUUAUUUUGUUCAAAGAAAGGAAAUAACAGACAUAAAAAAUACACUGAAACAUCUAAAUUAAAAAAAUUGUAAUCUAUAAAUGUAUUUAAAUAAAAUGUAAUAUAAUAUAAAUAAAAUAUAAACAUAAACAUAUUGGACAUCAUUUCUAAAACAUUUCCACUUAAUUUACUGUACUAAAUUCCCCUCUGAAACUUAUUUUAUGUUUAAUAAAAAUAAAAACCUUUUGUCAAUGAAACAAAACUGUUAAAUUCUAAAAUUAAAUGUUAAAAAAAUAAAUAAGAUAUCAACUGAAAUAUGUAUAUUUUAAUAUAUUUUACAAAUAAAUAAAAUGAGAUAAUUAAUAAUUAAUUGGUUGACACCAAUAUUUACUAUACACACAAAUAUCCUAUUAAUUCCCGUUAAAAUAAAUAAAAUACAAAAAAUACAAAAUAACUCAAAUGAUAAAGAUUUCCAAUAUUCCUCCGUUUUAACCUCCCAUGGAAACUUCCAGGAGAGAUAUACUGUAUCACGCCCCCCUAGUUGCCAAACAAACAUCCCGCUACAUGGGUGUGCUUGCGUUGUUUGUGGUGAACGUGCAUAUGGCCAAAAAAAAAAAAAAAAAAGCCAAAAAAAGCCCAAAAAAACCCCAAUCAAUAAUAAAAAUGGACGAUACAUGCAGUGCAUUAGUAGUGUUUGCUGUUAGCAGCAAAAACAGCAUGUUUUUGUUGUAUUGGCAGCUUUUCCUUCACUCUAACACUCCCCCCCCCCCAUCGGCAUACUGUGUUUACUUUUCCAACCUGGAUGAACAAGCACAAUAGUGGCAAAGGCUUCUCAUUGGCUCCUAUUUGUGUGUUUUUACGUAUUGAUCUAUUUGUGCGACAGACACCCCUGCACACACACACACACACACUCUCUCUCCCCCUUGUGGUUGCUAUGCUGGUUGCUAUGCUGUAUUGCUGUAGAAUGUGGUGUGUGAUGGAGGCAGCCUCUCUCUCACAGUGCACAGAGACACAUUGGGUCAUUAGAAUAUAAAAUGUGUGUCCGCGGAUGCCUUCAGGACCCAUCCCGAGCGUCCUAUACGCACUGUGAUGUAUACUAUAAGUCAAUCUUUCUGUCGUGUGCACUGCCAGUGUUGACACUGCCUCCUCGUCCGUGAUUGAUGAAGUGUUCAUAGUUUACACAGGGUGUUGUCCAUUGAGAUGCCUUAAGUAUUUAACAAUCAUAAUUUAUUACUAACUGUAGAUAUGGUGGCUAUUUAAUUGGAUUUUUCCUCUCCUGUUGCUCGAAGGGACGAAUCGUGAUUUAUUUAUGUGGAAAUAACACACACAAAUGCUCGGAAAAAGCGAUUACCUCAUCUUUUUCUUUUUAGGUGGGAAUGCUUUGCAUGCAGCUUGAACACUAAAGGAAUAUUUAAAACGAUGAUAAUAAUAAUAAUAAUAAUAAUAAUAAUAAUAACGAUGAUGAUAGUUAGCACUGCUGUUUCAUGUGGUGCUGUGAAUCUUGCUUACAUUCCAUCCCAUGCAACACUUCCCAAUGCUGUGACAUAGUGUGGACAAACUGCAAUGGAGUGGACUGGUUUUCAGUUUGUGUGUUUUUAUCGUUACUAUUCUUUUGCACUCGUGUGUUGAGAUAAGGGAACCCUCUCACUGGCAACAAAAUGUACUUUUUUUGGAUGAUUUAUAUUACUGGGAGAAGCAUUUUUUGUGACAGUCUGCGUCUUAACUCAUUGGAAAAAAAUAGUGCCUCGUCUUAGCUUUAGGAGCUAUUUCCAUGGGAUUUUUUUGGGGGGGGGGGGUUCAAAAUUCACUUAUGGAUUGAGCCAAGUCAACAAAA